GCCCAAUUCAUGAAAUCCGUUUUUACCGACUCCUGCGAACUUGACCUUGAGUCUCUUGCGGCGGCGUCUAUUAAGUGUAGUUGCGGGAUACCGCGGUGCGCGGGUAUACGGUAUUGGUGCAAAUAGCCGCCCCUGCGCGUUGCACUGACUUUGUUACCAUCUCGGGCAGCCUCGGCUCAGCGAAAGUUUUUCGCACGGAGCCCCACGAGGCUCGUUAUGGGUGCGUCAAGGGCCGAGCUUCAGGUCAGCUUUUCUUGGCCGCAUCGCGUGCCCGACCGCCACUACCACCGCGGCACACUCGAGGCAUCCCAGAGCAACUUCCACCUUGCUUGCGGAGACCGCCGGGCAGCGGCUUCAUCGCGAACUAGUGCUGCGAUUUCUGCGUGAGAUUUCGCCCCAGGAGAGCAUUUCAGCACGCCAUAAAACCACGAAACGCGGUCGCCACGGGCAGCCCGCGCGCGUGGGCUGCGACGAAGGUGCCGUCCUGCGGCCUCGACCCCACAAUCGCAGCCACGGCCGCCAAUCGCCGUGCUGUGCCGCCUAAAAAAGCCGGCCUGAUGGGGGGCGAAAAAAGCCGGUCCACGGCGUCCAAAAUUUUAACAGGUCACAACGUUAAGGAUUUUGCCGGAGGGCCGCUAGAGACUCA